UGUUCUCACAACCGUUUGAGAUGCCUUAGGAUGCAAGGAAAAGAAAAAACAUUAGUAGCAGUUUUCUCUUAUAAAUACUACACAGAGAAACACCAUUCACGUUCAUCCCGACCACUGCAGAAUCCUUCUACGUCUUUCUCCCUUCCUUCUGUCCCUUCAUAAAACCAGUUGAAUCCUCGCAAUUUUAGGGGAUUGUUGGCUUUUUGUCUGAGUCACAAAUUAGAGACACGGUUUCUUUAGGCAUCAUGGAGACGGAGAAGCACGGCCACCACCACCUCUUCCAUGGGGAGAAGAAGCAUGAAAAGGCUCCCGAAAAACAACUGAAGCAUCACAAGCACAUGCAGCUUCUAGGCAAAGUCGGAACUGUUGCUGCCGGUGCCUAUGCCUUGCAUGAGAAGAACAAAGCGAAAAAGGACCCAGAGAAUGCACAUGCACACAAAGUCAAGGAGGGGAUUGCUGCUGCCAUUGCUGUUGGAAGCGCGGGGUUGGUGUUCCAUGAACGCCACGAAAAGAAGGCAGCAAAAAAGAUGGUUAAGGAAGAGAAGAAAGGAAACGGCCAUUGAUUGCACCCUUGUAUUUGCUUGGCCAUAUGUCCUGUAGUGUGUGAUAGGAGCUUAGUGGUUCAUGUACUUUGAUAAACUUUUGAUGCAUAUGAAUAUGCAUAGCUAUAUAUUAGGCACUUCUGUGUCUUAUUACCAGGUUUUUUGGUUA